CCCGCCCCGCUGCCGUGCGGCUGCGCUGGGGGGCGGGGGCAGGAUGGCGGCGGCCGCGGGGGAGGUGAGCGGAGCCGAGCUGCCGGGCGGCUGUCGCGGCGCGGACAGCGGGAACGUGUCCCAGAGCCACAGCAGCGCCUCCGGCCUCGGGGAGCCCGACGAUGAGGACGCCUUGGAGGCGUCGCUCAGCGCCACCGCCGCCGCCUAUUCCGCCUACCUGCUCGCCGACCGCAGCCUCUUCAGCGAGGAGAUAGAAAGCUUAGACAAGAACCUAGAAGAUUUGCUGACCAGAGUGGAUGAAUUCGUGGGCAUGCUGGACAUUAUUCGAACUGAUUCCUCCCAAGUUGUCAAUGAAAGUCUACCUCAAAUUUACACAAAAGCUACAGAAAUGAGACAUAUAUACAGGAAGAUUGACAAACUAGAGGCUUUUGUGAAGAUGAUUGGAAAUAGCGUAGCUGGACUGGAAGAACGGGUCAUAAAGGCAGAAACAGACCUUGGAGCUUUUCCAAACACAUUCAAGAAAAUCUUGCACACAAUCAGCAUACCGUCCUUCCUUAAUAAAUCGUCUUCCUCACGACAACAACAGACCCCCUAUGAACCUCCGGUCCUCUUCAAGACUGAAGACUAUUUCCCAUGUGUUGAUGAAGCACCUUAUUGAUGAUUUUUGCUUUGGGAUUGAUAUGAAUCAUCCAGAAUAGAGACAGCCAAGUGAGCAAAAGAAAUGCUAACCUCAGAAUAGCUGCAUUUCUGAGCAUUAUUGAUGGCAUAUUGCCAUUGUGAUUCUCAUUGUCUUCCUUCAGGCGGUAUUUUCAGGUAAUCUUUUUUUUCUGUGUGUACACUAUUCCAAAGGUCUUCCUAAAACACAGUAUACAUUUUCAGAUUAUAUUGGGGAAGGAACUUAAAAAUACUUCUGCAUUUAGAUUUUUUUUUUAAUAGGGCAAUAAUAGGAAGUGAACUUUUAUAUAUAAAUAUUUUAACACAUGAAUAUCAAUGUAAAUAGCUAUACCACAAAGAUGGCGUCUUGGUUUUCUGUUUGUUUUCCUAAUGUACUGAUUGAGGUGAAAGAAAAACUGUGCAUAAAAUCAUUUGCUCUGAGUUUUGGAACCCGCUCACUGCAGUUUGUACAGAGAAACGCACCAUGUUGGAUGUACAAGUUGCAAGGGGAGGACUUGAGAGAUUGUCACAGAGUCAAGGACAUGGCUCAGUCAUCUGAUCUAGUCCCAGGUCACAACAAAGAUCAUCAUGUCACAGUGACCUGAGCUUCUAAUUAUUGCAAUAUUGUACUGUUUGAGGUGUACCCAAGUGGCAUGAUAUAUAUAUACAUAUACAUAUAUAUAUAUAAAACCUUCUGUCAAAAAGAAAAAGCAUCUAAGUUGAGGCAGGGAUGUCCCUAGACUGAGCCUCGAUCAGAUGCCUGACUAAACUCCACUUUUCCCUCACAAGCCUCUGUGCGGUUACUGGGGCUCUCCGUGCUGAUUGCAGCGUAUUUAAUAAUAAACUAAUGGCCAUCCAACCCCUGUUGUGGUCUUGCUUUCACCUGACAGUGUUGAGCUGCACCAUCGUUUCUGAGAACCUUUUUUCAUACAGCCUCGUAUAAUACCUAGUGGGCAUUCAUCAGAUUUGUUGCAUUCCUCUGAGCAACAAUUUUACCACUGCUGUUUUACUACUAAUACAACUUCAUAUGAAUAUCCAAAAUUCAGAUUUCUGAGGAAUGCACUAGGGAAACAACAGCAUGUCUACUGAUUUUGUGUUGCAAGCACAGAAAAUGGUAUGUGGUUGUAGAGCAAGGAUCACAGAAUCAUAGAAUAGUUUGGGUUGGAAGGACCUUCAGAGGUCAUCUAGUCCAACCCCCCUGCCAUGAGCAGGAACAUCUUCAACUAGAUCAGGUUGCUCAGAGCCCCGUCCAGCCUGGCCUGGAAUGUCUCCAGGGAUGGGGCAUCUACCACCUCUCUGGGCAACCUGGGCCAGUAAUAGAUAAAGCUUUGAUAACCAUAUGGUCUUGCCUCCUAACGAUAGCAGGGAUUGGCUUCUGAACAGUAUCUGAAGCAACAUUUACUAAAAAUUAAAAUGAAGACUGUAAAGUCAAAAUCAGUAGGCUUUAGAAGCAGUUCUAAUGUAAAACUUACCUGAAUUUUAAAUAAAGAUUCUGGAAAAAUAAUUGCAUGCAAGCAUGCAGAAAGGAACAGACAUUUAACUUUGAAGAAGGGCUCCCCCUCACCCACUCCUUGUCUUCAUCAGUAUCUAAAUGUUUCACUAUUAGAUGUUCCUCAGCAACAACAGUUGCAUUUGCAAAAUGUGAAAUGUGUGGUGCCUUUCAGUUUCUGCAUAAAUAAUCCUUGAAGGCUUAUCACUCCUCAGUGAAAUCUAGUGAAGUGACAUAACUAUAAUUUAGCAUAACAACACAAGUUACAGCCAAAUGGGUUUAAAUGCACGAAUACUGACACUACAAAAAAGUAUUAAAGUAACUUCAGAACAGCACUCUAAAUGAAUCAACUGCUCAAAUAGCAACUUUGCCCUCUGUUGAAUGGGACUGAAAUGCAGUUAAACAGAUUAUAUAAUUUAAAAUAUUAAUAAUAAUCUCAGCAAGCUUACGUAGUUGACUAUUCUUCAUAUUAAUAAAAUAUAAUAAAUAAAUAAAAUAUUAAAAAAAAAUAAAAUAUUGAUAAGAGAAAAAAAAUCAUGUAUUCUGAAGUGUGGGCAUUUAUGUUGAAAAGCUGCCUGGAAAAUUUAAGUUAUGUCUUCAAAGCACAUCACAAACAAAAAUAAUAGAAUUCCUAUAACUGAUAUAGUUCUAUGUUGUAAAUGCUUCAAAAUAUUUUUAUUACUGGAAAUGAUGGACAGUACACGGAAGAUUUAUUAAUGACAUGCUAUAGAAGUACAGACAAUAAAUUGUGGCUUUUUAAAAUACAUGAUAUAGAAUAACAUUGUCGCAGUUUAUCUGUGAACUCUAGUCUAGAAAAGUUACAAAAUAAAGGCUUUCUCAGAAUACUGACAAGAUCCAUAUGCGCUCUUGGUGAAUUUGUAUGGCCUCAGUUGUCUCCUUGACCAUGGUGAGUCUCAUCAAGCAGGAACAGCAUAAACAGUGUUCAUACUCAGUAAAGACUCAUACAAUAUUCCUUUAUCCUGUCUGCUGUUGUUACCUUAUGUUAGUGUAAAACCAGUAAUACUGUGAAUUAGGUUCAAUAUUAAUGAUUAUUUUUGCCAGCUGCAAAUAAAAUCUAAAUGUCAAAAUCUA